UCCCCGCCGCCGCCGCGCGUCUUCGUCUCCGCCGCCGCAACGAUGCCGUCCCACAAGACCUUCCGCAUCAAGCAGAAGCUGGCGAAGAAGCAGCGCCAGAACCGCCCCAUCCCCUACUGGAUCCGCAUGAGGACCGACAACACCAUCAGGUACAACGCGAAGCGCAGGCACUGGCGCCGCACCAAGCUCGGGUUCUAAGCAGGGGAUAUCCC